AUGGCGGCGCUCACUAAGUGUACCCUCCUGAGGAACGUGACCCAGGUCCUUCAGACGUCAGUACGGACAAAGCUGUACAAGAACGAGACGCCGCCGCCGCCGCACCAGGUCUGGCCGGAGUUCCCGGAGUCCCCGGACCAGAUGGCGGACCGUGCCGCGCCGCUCCACGCCGUGUGGAGGGUCAAGUCUACCAUCCGUCAGCCAUACUGGAUUAAAGACCUCGUUAAAGAGAUGAAACUUGACAAGAUGAAGAAGAUGUACGUGUUCAGGAACACGCCGAGCGUCAACAACAAGCUGUGGCAGAUCAAACACCUCAUCCGCAUCGUUCCCGUCAACCUCAAGAACGGCGUGCCGCGACCGGAGGAGUACGACGGCUGCUACCUCAAGUCCGACGGCGAACUGGUCAUCAGAAAGAGGCUAGAACCGUUGGUCCAACUCCCGCAACUCUCGGAAGAGGAGACAGAAGAGAUACACAACACGAAGCUUAAGAUAGGAAGGCCCAGAGAUGGCCACGGACACACGUAUGAAGUCAAACUUGGAGACUACAGCACGCUAGCUGAGGAGAGAAGAAGUGAUGAGGGGGACAUCUUCAAAAUGUCAUAGGACUGAAUAGAAAAAUGUCUGCACAUUUGGUAGUUCAUAUGACUAUUAUACUGUUCCUAUAUAAUUAUAAUGUACUUUAUAAACCUGGUAGCCUUUGUGGAUCAUUACUGAAACAUAUGUAAGUACCAAAAUGAUCAGAUGACAAUGACCUGAAUAAAAUAUUUGAAUAAAGAUGAAUAUACAUGUACAU